ACUUCACUUCUCUUCCGCGCCUCCUCCUCUCCGCGCUCCCGCUCCCACGGCGCCGUCGAACCCCUGCCGACCUCCUGCUCGGCUGGCCAAUCUACGCCUCCGCUGCCCGCGCGCACCUCCCCCCUCCCUCUCCCUCCGCAUCCGCACCACACGCGCCCCUCCCUCUCCGCGCCACCUGGGAGGGUAGCGCGAUCGUUCUCCCCCCCGUCAUGCUGCAAUGGAUGGGCGGCUCGAGGAGGAAGGUGUACACCUCCAGGAAAUCGAUACAGAGCAGACAGAGGCAGUACUUCGAGCAGAAGAAGAGGCGGCAGCAGCAGAGGGAAGGGCUGCAGAACCAGGAUGACAUAGAUGGCGCAGGUAACCAAGCUUAUGGUGAUCAGGCGCCUCGAUCGCUUGAUGUCUUAAGCCUGAACAAUUUGGCAACUCCAGUCUGUCACCGCAAUGGCCCUGAAAAUGUAGAUAGCACUGUUCUACUUCCGCAAAUGGAUUGUACAAUUUUAAAUCCAUCCCCUAUAGAGGCACUGAAGAAGAUCACUUCGGUAUACAAUAUCAAUCCGAAGGAAACAAGUUCUCAGCCAAGAUUAUCAUCACCAAUUGGUCAUCAAGAUGUUGCAGUUUCUGUUAACCCUCAUGAAGAUCCUGUUGUUCGCAAAAUAUCCCCAUCCAAAAAUUCUGGUGUGAAGAAGCGAAAUUUAAAUGUGGACCUCCACAGUGGUGAAAUUUCACUUAUUGAUUUGGUCAAUUAUGAGGGACCGAAUAAUAAAUCUACUGCACAACCUGCACGUGAGCCUCACGUUUCAUUUUUUGUUAAAGGCCUUGGCCAUGUCGAGAUGGAAACUCCUCCCCAGUCACCAAGAUCCACCAAAAGGGUUUUACCUUUGCCUCCAAAGGCCAUGCGUUACACGCAAAAUAAAACAAGGCGGUCUAUCCCCUUUGAUGCCACAAAGGGAUUGGAUUCUAUACUGAAAGGUAUCAGCAUGAUGAAAGAGCGAAUUUCUUCAGACAAAAUGGGUAGUCUUGUAGAUGAGUCAAACUAUGAAAGGAGAAAAAACAGUUAUUCAUCACAUUCAUUUGAGAACUAUAAUGGUAACCUCUAUCCUGAGGAUGAAGACAUGUUUUGUGAACCUCAAGCUCAAAAAGGUUGGCAGUCAAAGCAUGGUAGAAUAGUCGACAGUCUGCCUGCUAUAAAUUCCGAGAGAUUGUGGAAGAUGGAAUCAUUUAAUUCAGAUGAUCAUUUUGGUACUCCAAGAGCAGAACAAUUUGAUCCAGUCGACUAUGGUUUUAAGGAAAGAUACUCUCCAGAACAAAGAACUUUGAUAGGAACUAGCUCAAGGUUUCAGACUUCAGCAAAUCCAUCAGGACAUGACCACUUUUCUGAUCAGUUGCUAUUGGAUGAUGACAACGAUAUGGUACACUUUGACUGGGAAAGGCACCCACCAAUUAAGAAAAUACCCAACUCAAACAGCACUUUUGGUCCUGCUGCUUGGUCUUUUGACAUGGUAGAUGAUUCAGAUAAAAGGAGGAGUCCAUUGAGUGAAGAAUCAUGCUCGUCUGCUGCAGCAAUGAAUGACAGAACGAACAAGAAACCACUACUCUCUGUAAAAUGCGAAGAGAAUAACAUGAACAAGAAGGAUGACUUCCAUACAAGGUUGGAUAAGUUAGAUAUUCCAGAAAUGGAUGCACAUCUUGAUGGGAUUUCGCUAUUCGGGGAUCAAGAAUACCAUAAAAGAACAACAGAUCUUAGGAAUCUUGAAGCGAGUUAUUGUCCAGACAAGGCAAUUAAGCAACAGAGAACUAGAGAACCAAACUGCCGUUUAUCACUUCAGGAAAAAUUUGCUGAUUGGGGUUCUUCUACCUCCCAUCUGAAGGGUAGCACUGGACUACACAACCCAUCGAAUUGCACUGGAAUGCAUGAAGAUAAACCUUUCAAUUCCAUUCCAGAUGUGGGCGGGUAUCAUACGGUUGGGUCAACAGAAAGGAGACCUGCUCCAAGAGUUCAUCCUGUUUCCCACAGACCUGACAAUGCCAAUUUGUAUGAUGACACUCGCCUGCAGAAUCCCGUUUCUGAUACAUUUGGUGAUAAUAUUGAGUUUUCAGACCCAUUCUGUGGCAAGGACCUUCAGAGCAACAUUGAUGCGUGUACUUUCUUGGGACAGAAGGUAGACAGGAAGAAAGAAGAUGAUUUUGACCCCUUCAAGAACCCAAAUGCAGACAUAUUUCAUUCUGCAGGUUCUGUAGGCCAAAGUGUAAACAGGAAGAAAGAAGAUAAUUUUGACCCUUUCAAGAACCCAAAUGCAGACGUAUUUCAUUCUGCAGGUUCUGUAGGCCAAAGUGUAGUUGGUCAACAUACCACAUGUUCUCAGCAGUCUGCCAGGGAUGAAUUGAGGCAAGGGUUCAAUCCUGGUAUUGAUUUUCAGGAGACCAGACUAAAUUCAUUCUGGGAGGAUGGCCAUGUUAGUAAUGGCACUUUUCGGGGAGAUAUUGAGCUGAGUGACCUCCUGGCAAGGGAAAAUGGGGAGAAGAACAAAGACAAGAUUGAGAGGUCCGAGAAACCAGAAACAGCUCAACCCUCCGCAGAUUUCAGAAUCAAGAUGAGUGAAGCUGAAACAUGUUCUGAUGGCUCAGAAGUGACCAAUUGUCCUGGAGUGCAGAAGGAAACGUCAACAGCAGCAACACAACCUCCUGCAAACUUGAGUUGUCUUCAGGAUACCUCAAGAGGAAUGUUCGAAAUUCAUGCUCGUGUUGAUUGCAUAAGAAAGGAAAUGAUAGAAAGUCCUGUCAUUGACUUUGAAGCUCCAUUGCAUGUGAGAAACAAGAUUCAUGAUGUUGGGGAUCAUACUAAAAGAAAUUAUAUGUUUCAGUCUCCUUUUGCUGCAGAGAAGGUGGGAAUUGAGAAGAAGGUGAUAACAGGUGUGUCACCGAACAACAGUGAUGUUCAGUAUGAGGUUAUGCUUGAACGUCGUGUUCUCCAGCGGCUUUCUGUUCAGAAGAUACUGGUAGAUACACCAAUAAAGGACAAGCUCGAUAAGGUUACACACUUCAGGAGGAUGGAGGAUGGAUCUCAUGUCCUUGCAAGGAGUGUCUAAACGGUUAAGAAGGAAUGAAAUCAGAAUUGUUGUUGUAAGAUACUGUGUUCAAGUGGCAUCUGUAUGAUACGUGAAAUCAGAAUUGCAACGCGCUGAACUGUGCUCAGCAUCCAUCCAUGUUACCUGCUUCGACAUGUGUGAUUAUUUGGAGAUGACAAGUCAGGGGGGUUUACCUGUAACCUUCUUUUUUUUUCUGAAGAGAACCUGUAAUCAUUUUACACUCCUUAAAACUGAAGGAGAAGAGACAUGUCCAUGUCUAAUUAGUUUCGCACAUGUUUAUAUGCUUCUCUGCAAAUACCUGACUCUUGAUAAUUGAUAAUGUCUCUGUCCCAUAAGAUAACAUGAUCCUUCUACUGUGUUGGUUUGCC